UCUCUCUCUUUUCCUCUAUCACUUCCACUUACAGGCUUGUUCUCUCUAUUCUUAUAUCUCUAUGCUCCAGACAACCAGUUCUCUUUGGGGCGCGUCAUUCCAACUUCUUUUGGCAUAAAUAGAAUGACGCUUAUAGCCACUUGCAGCGCUCAAAGAGAACGUAGCCUCAGUGUACUGAGUUCCGCUGUACUGGAAAGAACGGUACACCAAUUCAGCUGCAAAGAACAAGCAGGAAUUUCGACGAAAUUUCUUUUGCACGAACGUGAGAAUAUGGUGAGGACAAAGGCGGACAGAGUUCCUAGGAGAGCUGUUGGUGAAAAAUCUAUCGCAAAAAAGAAUGUAGCUGUAAGAGUCAAUAUUCCUCAAAAAACUAAUAGCAGCAAGGCAGGAAAAAAAUACUCUGGAGGAAAUCCCUAUCAUCCGAGGGAAACACCAAAGUGGCAGAAAUCUAUUACUUGCUUUCUAAAUAUAUCUGAGACAGCUUCAACUGCAAGCGAGGCUUCGUCAUUAAAAGAAGAUCAGGAUUCUGAUAUCGAAGAAAGUAUAGAAGAUGGCUCUGACAAAAUUGAUUGAGACAGUCACGCAAUUUUAUGUCUUCAUGUUUUAAAUCGUUAAUUACUGUUUGUUUGCAACUUUUAUUUAUUUGAACUAGAUUAUUACUUUUUAUCAUGUAUUUCAUUAGGAUUUUAUUUUGGAUAUUUAUCCGUGUUUUACAACAAAGUAGGAGAAUUUCUUACAUUAUGUAAUUACAGCAAUUUGUGAAAUAAUAAGUCAUUGUCUUUAUUUAGCGGUCAAUUAUAAAGAGUAUAAUUGCAUAUAACUAUGGAUUAUUAAGAGCAAAAGGUAUCUCUUAAAGAAAUUAUAUAAUUGUAAAUCCACAAUUAUUUAUUUGGCUUAUGACGAAAAGUUUUCUCCCCACUUAUAAAAACAAUAUUCAAUGAACAAUCAAAUGUAUAAGCAUCUGUAGGAUAUUAUACGUAAUAAAUUAGUAUAUUUUU